AUGAAUUGCUUCAAAAGACGUUUUGGACAGGAUGUGGAGAAACAGGACCAAAAGCUGUCAAAACCAAGAUGGGAUACCCCCAAAAACAAGGUGCCCACAGACCGGACCAUGGUGGUGGGUGGCAGGCAAGGUGGGGGCGGUAAAGGUUCCAACCGUUCAGGACGUACCCUGAGGAAACGGCGCCAGCGCUACGUGGAGAAGGACGGCAAGUGUAACGUGCAUCAUGGCAACGUGCGCGAGAAAUACCGCUACAUGACAGACAUCUUCACUACCCUGGUGGACCUGAAGUGGCGCUUUAACCUGCUGGUGUUCACCCUGGUCUACACAACCACCUGGGUGUUCUUCGGUCUCAUCUGGUGGCUCAUCGCCUACAUCCGCGGAGACCUGGACCACACCGACGAUGGAGACUGGAUCCCCUGCGUCAACAACCUCAACGGCUUCGUCUCCGCCUUUCUCUUCUCCAUCGAGACGGAGACCACCAUCGGCUACGGCUACCGGGUCAUCACUGAUAAAUGCCCAGAGGGAAUUCUCCUGCUUUUAGUCCAGGCCAUCCUGGGCUCCAUCGUCAAUGCCUUCAUGGUGGGAUGCAUGUUCGUCAAGAUCUCCCAGCCAAAGAAGCGAGCCGAGACGCUCAUGUUCUCCCACAAGGCGGUGAUCUCUGUGAGGGACAGCAAGCUGUGUCUGAUGUUCAGGGUCGGAGACCUGAGGAACUCACACAUCGUGGAGGCCUCCAUCCGAGCCAAGCUGAUCCGCUCCAAGCAGACCAAGGAAGGGGAGUUUAUCCCUCUCAAUCAGACGGAUAUCAAUGUGGGCUUCGAUACGGGGGACGACAGGCUCUUCCUGGUGUCGCCACUCAUCAUCUGUCACGAGUUCAACGAGGGCAGUCCCUUCUGGGAGAUCUCACAGGAACAGCUGGAGAGAGAGGAGUUUGAGGUAGUGGUCAUCCUGGAGGGCAUGGUGGAAGCCACAGGAAUGACAUGCCAGGCGCGCAGCUCCUACCUAGACUCAGAGGUCAUGUGGGGGGAGCGCUUCACCCCUGUGCUCUCCCUAGAGGAGGGCUUCUACGAGGUGGACUAUGAAUCCUUUCACCACACCUACCCUACCCCGACCCCCACCUGCUCUGCCCAAGAGCUGGCAAAGAAGGGAGAAGCCAUCCCCUUACCUCCCCAGUCCCCACCUCCAGUCCUGGAGCUACCCCCACCACGUCCAGAGAAGGAGGAAGACAGAGGGGAGGAAGAGGUUGGGGCGGAGGAGCUAGGGGAUGGAGAGGGGGAUAACGUUAGCAAUGGAGAUGCCAACAGGAUGGAUGAUGGGCAUGAAUGA